AACCCGCCAGACCGGGCCGUCGCCCCCGCGGGUGUCUCGGAGGCGGAAGCGACGCCGGAGGCAGGUGAAGAAACAAAAAAAAAAGGAAGUCAAGAGGUCUUUCCCAAGAUCAAAGAUCAAGGACAUGGACUCCUCAGGAGUCUACAAACUGGAUGAUGGGAAGCCUUAUCUGAGCAACUGCUUUCCGGCCAAAAAUCUGCUUCGGAUGCCAGAGGAAGGCCGAGGACACUGGUUAGUGGCUCGGAAAUGUAGCCUCAAGAAGAAGCCCAGGGGUGUGGUUGAAGCACGAGCUGAAGGUCAGGAAAGCCAGAAGGUUUCUUUCGAGGUUGGAGGAAAGAAAGGGUCUCGACAGGAAAACCAACUGGACACUCCGGGACAUGUGCUGGACCAGGCUUUUCUGCUGAAGCACCACUGUGUAAAGAAUCCGUCCGACCUAUGCACCAUUAACGUGAGCGGCCUGAAGUUCUCCAAGGCUAAGGAAAAGGACUUCAAGCAUUUUAAUUCUGUGAUUUACAUCAAUGCCUCAGAAAACCUACUGCCUCUAGAGGCAUUUCACACAUUUCCAGUCUUAAAGGAACUGGAGCUCGCAUUUAAUGGCAUCAAAACAGUCUACGUGAAGGAUGGAGACUUUAAGUCCUUGGAAUUCCUGGACCUUUCCUUCAACAGCCUCACUGCGGAGGCCAUCUGUGAUCUGGGGCUUCUGCCACACCUCCGUGUCCUGCUCCUCACAGGCAAUGGGCUCACCUCCCUGCCACCCAAUUUGGCUGUUGCAGAGCGGGAGGCAUAUGUAACAUCGCUGACCAGCAGGAGGUACAUCCUGAGGUUCCCGGCGCUAGAGACACUGAUGCUGGAUGACAACAAACUCUCCAACCCCAAUUGUUUUGCCAGCCUGGCCGGGCUCAGGAGACUGAAGAAGUUAAGCCUGGACCAAAACAAGAUUUUCCGGAUCCCGUACCUACAGCAGGUUCAGCUCCGAGAUGGGUCUGGAGACUGGGUUGGAGGCAGGGGGAGUCCCAGGAAAGAGCCCCAAUCUAUGCUGCAGCCCAAGUCGUGGAUAUUUGAGGCCUCGGAUGACCAACUGGAUUAUACUGUACUGCCCAUGAAAAAGGAUGUUGACCGGACAGAGGUUGUGUUCUCAUCUUAUCCUGGAUUUUCAACCUCAGAGACAACCAAGGUAUGUGCGCUUCCUCCCAUAUUCGAGAUUCUUCCCGUGAAGUCACUGAAAGCGAGGAACCAGACGCUGGCCCUGCCCUUCCCAGAGCUGAGGUACCUUAGCCUGGCUUACAACAAGAUUGCAAAGGAAGAUGCCAUUCUGCCGGUAGCUCUCUUCCCAUCUCUCUGCAAGCUCAUCUUUCAUAACAACCCUCUGGUGGCCCAUACACGAGGGGUCCCUCCACUGCUAAAAAGCUUCCUCCAGGAGCAGCUGGGAAUCCACUUAAUUCGAAGGAAGAUGGUAAAGGCUAAGCGUCACAUUUUGAUGCCUCGGAAGGACUCUCGGAAGGUGAAAACCCAAGUCCCAAAGGUGCCAAAGCAGCCUCUGAUUCUCCAUCACCCACCCAUGACCACCAUGACCACAAUCAAGUCUUCCUCAAAGGAGAUGCUAGAAGCAGAGGCAGAGUUGACUAAAGAGCUGCCCACCACCAAGACCAUUUCUGUGGAGCGAAAGAUGCCCAUCGAGGGCCCGGAGGGCCUUCUCCUCUCCCACCGGGCCUUCGUGCCACUGCCUCCCAUCUGCUCCGACUCCACUGUGCAUAGUGAGGACACAUCCCGCCGGAGCAACGCUGCUGGCCGCCUCAGCCCAGACCACCCGUCAGAUGAGGACACCAAGAGCACAGAGUCCAUCUUCUUGACCCAGGUCAGUGGGCUGUCUUCCUCCAUCUUCCAGAGGGAUGAUACAGAGAUAAAGGAGAAAGACCAAAGACUACCACCCACAGCACCCAGAGAGGUGAAGAGGACUCAGAAGAAGCUCCCAUCUGCCUCCUUCCCCAGAAAGUACCAUGGCUCCGAGGAGCUGCUGACAACCAAGCCUGAUCCAGCCUUCACUGAGCCGAAAGGAAUCCAGAAGAAUGCACAGGCCUUGCAGCACAUGCUGAAACAUCCGCUCGUGUACCGCUCCUGCAAGGCCAGGCUGGACACUCUUCAGAAACACUAUGUUCCCAAGGAGAAACGGACCCAGAGGAUCCCUAUUCCACCCCCCCGGAAGACUCAAGCCCAGCUGCUGGAUGACAUCCUCAUUCGCAUGCGGGACCCCCGGAACAUUACUGAGGCACCACUAGGAGCUGUCCUGUGCCAGCGGACAGAGCAGCAGCUGGUGAACCAGAAGCAGUACCUGCAGGCCAAAAGGCUGCUGAAGGAGUUUCGUGCGCGGUACCGGCGGCUGGUGCGCUGCUCACUGCGGUCGGUGUUCGGGGCCACGGCACCACCCCAGGUCCGCCUGGCAUUGAGCGAGGGCCAGCCUAAGAAGUUCGGCCACUUCCUUGAGUUCAUGGAUCAGUUCUGCCAGGAGCCCACGGCCAGUGACUCGAAAGGCUAGGGCUGCGCACAGGGCCAUGUGCGCCGCCCCACCUGCGCCCCACACCCUCCGCAAGGGCUCCGUGCCCUUGACUGCUCCCUGGGAUGGGUGCGGGCCUCCGAGCUCUGCUCAGCCUCACUCGCCGGCCGCUGUGAGUGGGGAGCUCGUCAGGACCGCCCCGCCCUGGGCCGGGCAGGAACCGGCACCUGGCCCAACAGCAAUAAAGAGUGGGUGCAUAGAGCAAGGUAGGCCUCAUGCCUUUUUGGAGCCUAGGCCAGGUUGUCGCACUGGGGAAAGAAACCCCAGCUGAUGCGCAUCCCUAGAGUCCUGUGGGAAACCUGCCUGAGUCACACAGAGUGAUAACACUGUGUUAUCCCACAGAGCUGGGAUAAGCAGUAGGACAGAAAACAGGGUCGAUGAAACAGAAACAGCACAGAAUCCAAAGCUCAGAGAAGUUAACUAACUUGCCCACAGCCACUAGUGAGUGAGUGUGUGUGUGUGCGCGCGUGUGUGCGUUGGGAGCAGGGCGGGUAACAAAACUCAGGCCUCUAGGCCCCCAAAAGCCUCUAGGCUUUCUCUGUUGGGCAGCUUUUUCCACUGUCAGGGCAAAUGCGGGGAGAGGGAAGAGAGAGAGGAUUGGGAAUUUCCUUAUUAGAUGGCCAUGACCACAAAGUUGGGACAAGUUGAAGGGAGGGCUUACAUGGAGUUUCCCAAGGUUUUCUAAUCCAGGACAUAAGCUGAAGUCCCAUAUGCAAAUACAGUGGGAUGUGGCUCUAAAACAGACCCUGGGACUGUGCAAGGUCAACCGGGACUCAGGUUAAGUAAGCUAGUUCUGGCCAAAGCAGCCUAUGGGGUUGCCCCAUUCUUAUGAAUGCAUAGUAGUCAGCACCUGCUAUAGAGGAGGGUCAGGAGAAGGCCACUGGGCUGAAUUGCAGCGAUGUGCAUUUGGGUGUGGGUGCUGGGUGUAACCUAGUCACCUGGGCUGCUUUCCUGGAGGUGCCUGCCUGGGGAGAAGGCCUGCAGUUCCCAGGGUCCAGGAAGCAGUGGCAUAAGGAUUAAGGACCCACAGCAAGGCACCAACUCCCACAACCUAAGGUGCAAUUAAGACGAUUAUAGAAAUACAGUCUUGUAGCCACAGGUCUGUGGUGCAGUAUCUGCUGUAUUUCAAGUGCGAGACUAUUAGGACACAAAUGUUCGCAUAUUAUCACACUCAACCAACCACAGUCACAUACAUGUGGCCAGUUACAUAUUUACACCAAGCUGUGGUCAUACCAGACACACAUAUUCAAGUUCAGACGGUCACAUACACGAUCACAUACAGUCCCAUACACAUAUCAAGUUACAAAGUCAGUUACGUCUCACUCAUUCACACAGGCACCUGGACAGAUUCAGGUAAUAAACACAGUGCUACCCUCAGCAGCACACAUGUGCUGGGGCAUGUUGCUGACUUACCACGUUGGAUCUUCUAGGCCCAAAAUCAUCCUUCUGCUAAUGUUAGGAAGGAGAAUCCACCCCAACAUUCACACUGUAAACCUCGCUAGGUUCAAGUUCGGGAGAUUUGCAAUGCUCCCUUCAGCCAGAAACACUAUCAAACCAUAAGCUCUCAGGCCUGAAAGGCUCCUGGGAACAUCCUAUCCCUGCCUCUAGGUAGGAAGCCUCUUGCAAUCUCCCCAACAGAUCAUUCAGCUCCUGCUUGCACAUCUAGUGACAGGGCGCUCAUUCCCUACAAAGGCUGUCCCUUCCUUUGUUGGGAAAACUAUUGGAUGGCUCUAGCCAUUGGACUAAGCAUCAGCCUAAGGUCCCUCAGUAGUCCUAACUCUGCUUUUGGGCCCAGAGUAUAUCUGCUCUCUCUGCCCCGCCAGGCUGGCCCUUUACCGAUAUGAGACUAUCCUGAAGAGGAUAUACCUAUCUAGGCCAGAUGCUCUUAACUUUCUCUGUUAUUCCACAUGGGAUACCAUCUGAAUAAACUGGUUCUCCUAUCAUUCUGAAUGCCGAAGCAAGACAUUCCAACACAGGGCAUCUCCCAGAGCAAAGAUAGCCCCAAACUCAAACACACGUAGUCUAAGCUCAGCUCAGAUUUGCCUGAGAUUGCUCUCCAGAGAUAAGACUGACUAGAAACAGAACAUUCAUGAGUUUGCUUUACUGUAUUCUCAACUUGGGCCUCUCCUCAACCUGGCAAGCCUGCACUGAAGAAUGCACUUUGGUAUUGUUUAAACAACACAUCAUCCCAUUUGAUCCCUUAGCAGAAGCAUCCCUGACAGGGCACGCCUGUUCUGAGUCCUCUGUCUUUGUCAAAAAGCUCCUUGUGAUGAGCUGGAGGGGAGGCAGCCAGCAAUGGCAGUGCCAAGGGUCUGGGCCCCUUCUGCAAUCUAAUGCAGACAGCAGGUUGAAUGAAACCAAAAUCCAAACCAUUUUCUAUUUCUAGGCUGGAGGGGAUAAGGCCCUAAGGACAGCUGUUUAUACGAAGAACUAAGAGUAAAUAGUACAUCAGUCACACACAGACAAAAAAAUCCAUUAGUUGGCAUUUAAGAUAAUCAUUUUCCUUUACAUAGUUACCCAUUCUCAUUAGGACUUGAAGGUUCUGCUGGAGGUUAAGGGUUGAACCCACUGAGGGAAAGCCCUGCUCCAACAAGGGAGAAUCUGCUGCCGCCGUCUGGAGCCGGGCCCCAAAGCUGCUCCUGAGCUCUCAUGGCUUGAUCUUUGAGGAGUACAUUCCCUGUUUCUACCCCUUAUUAAAUGAGAGGAAAGGAAGAAGAACAAGCCUGGCCUUACCCUGGCUUUGUCCAACUAGUUCUUAAGACACCAGAAAAGGUAGAAAGGGAGCCUGCCCCCGGUUUGAGGUUCCCUCCCACAAUUACUGAGACAAGGCAUUAAGGAAGCAUUUUCUCACAAAGCAAAAUGUGUAAAUAUUUUUCUUAGGAAAAAAAAAUACUGAUAAUACAUAGAACAAUGUGCACAUUCAGUCUUGGCACUUUUCCUUCAUCCAAUUUAACCAAUUUCUAAACUGGUGACUUCUGUAUAUAUUCACUGUGGAUAACGUGUAAAGAUGCAUUUCUGGAUCAUCUUUAGAGCAAAGUCUAUUCAGCAUCCUCUUUUCCUAGAA